CUGUCAGGCUUCACUCUCCAGUGUCAUAGUGAAGAGAUCCUUACCAUGCCUGAACCAGCUAAGUCCGCUCCUGCCCCGAAGAAGGGCUCCAAGAAGGCGGUGACCAAGGCGCAGAAGAAGGAUGGCAAGAAACGCAAGCGCAGCCGCAAGGAGAGCUACUCUGUCUACGUCUACAAGGUGCUGAAGCAGGUCCACCCGGACACAGGCAUUUCGUCCAAGGCCAUGGGCAUCAUGAACUCCUUUGUCAAUGACAUCUUCGAGCGUAUCGCGGGCGAGGCAUCGCGCUUGGCACAUUACAACAAGCGCUCGACCAUCACAUCCAGGGAGAUCCAGACGGCCGUGCGUCUGUUGUUGCCCGGGGAGCUGGCCAAGCACGCGGUGUCUGAGGGCACCAAGGCCGUCACCAAGUACACCAGCUCCAAGUAAAUGUUUACAUGGGCACCUGAAACCCAAAGGCUCUUUUCAGAGCCACACAGAUUCAAAAGAGAGCCAUGACACCAGAUCAGAUGUUUUCCUUAUACCCACUUCACCUGUUUAAUCGCUCAAUGAAUCUUAUAGUUGGAAGCAAUUACUUAUAUGAUGUAAACAACAAAGUGGGAAAGAAAGCAGUGGAGUAAGUACCAUUUGUAUUUAGGCUCCAAAAG